CCCAGCAGGAAGAGGACGGGCAUAGGAAACCAUCCAGUGCUGCCCUCCAGCUCUUGGUCCCUCCAGAGUUCCCAGCCCUGAGAGCAUGGCUUGGAAGGAGGAGGGCAGGAGCCCACCCUCGUGUUUCAUCCAACGCCUGGACCACCUUGUGCUGACCGUGAAGAGCAUUGAGGACACUGUGGCCUUUUAUUCCAAAGUCCUGGGCAUGGAGGUGGUGACUUUCAAGGGAAAUCGCAAAGCUUUACGUUUUGGCCACCAGAAGUUCAACCUGCACCAGGCUGGGCAGGAGUUUGAGCCCAAGGCUCGGCGCCCACUUCCCGGCUCUGCGGAUUUUUGCCUGAUCACAGCAGCACCCCUGGAGAAGCUGCUGGAGCACCUGGAGGCCUGUGGGGUGGCCAUUGAAGAAGGUCCCGUGGCCAGAACUGGUGCUGUGGGCCCAAUAACCUCCAUCUACUUCCGAGACCCCGACGAGAACCUGGUUGAGGUUUCCAGGUACUGCACGGAUGUGGCUGCAGGCACUGAAGGGGAGCCCUGACCACAGCCCUGCUCUGCCUGGCUCCCAGCAGGAGAUAGGGUACAGAGGCCGAUUUGGCUGGCCAAUUUAAAUGUCCAAGCUUUAACUGGAUAAACCUGGGACAAGCCUCAAAUCAUAGCCACAAAGUAGGGCUGCAAGGACAUUGGGAGUUUUCCCAGGGCAGCCUGCUCUGCUCUGGGUGUGAAUUCUGCUUUUAUACAUCUCCAUCACAGAUAUUUCAUGGCCUUCUGGGAAAACCUGUCCUGCUGCUGCUGCACUGCAGUUGUUGGGCUGUUUUCCCUAAUUCUUGCUAUCCGUGUUGCUGUAGUUAAGUCCUCAUUCCUACUCUGUCCACCUGUCACUCCUCUCCUCUUCAGAGUCACUUUACCACAGCUGGAAAUUUCUGUCUCCAUUCCUCUCAUCCUCCUCCUUCCUGUCUCAAGCUGCCUGGUGCUGGUGGCUCUCCCACCAAACCAGAGGUUUAAAUCCAGCUGUGACUGUCCAAACACACUCCUCACCUGGGAUUUGGGAAUUUGGCCUUGGUGUGACACUCAAGCACUCCUGAAACUGAAGUUCCAAGUUUCAGCCUCUGCUCUGUAUCAAUAACUGUGGGAUUUCUGUCACUCAGGAAUGGAAAAAGCAAGGAUGAGGAGCCUACAGGAAGAGCAGGGUGUCAGAAGUCCAGGAGCUCAUCUGGGUUUAUGCAGGGAUUGAGGAUGGUCUGACACAGGGGAGUCUGACUCUGAUGGCACCUGGUUACUUGUGGGACUGUUCUAAGUUUUCUUCUUCCUUUAGCUAUUUAAAAAGCCAUUUCAAAGCUAUCUAAAAAGUAUAAAACAAUGAAGGGAGUGGGGAUUCUCAAGCAGAGCAGUUCCCAGGCUGGCCACACUGAGGUAGCAGCGAUGUCCUCACAGGAACAGCGCUGGAAAGGAGGGAGGACUCUUCUGACCUCUGCAGUCCAAAUCCUCUAUAAAAUUAAAACAAUUUCUGAAUUGUACUCAUUUUUCCUUGCUGGAAUUUCGUGGGGAAUCCAAAAUUCUUCAUGGUGCGAAAAAAAGUCAAGGUCACAAAAUAUCCAGUGCUUUGGAUGAUCAGCGGGGAUGAGCUGGUUUCCAUUGAGUCGUUUGUGGGAACUAAAGACAGGAAUGCCAUGGGAGAAAGCCACGGGCAUGUCCUCACCUUCGUCUUGUGAAUGGAGCUCCGGGAAGGGCGCCCAGGGAGGGAUCACAGUGAGAGACCCCUGGGAGCAGAGUCCCCUCGGCCCCGGCGCCUGCAGAGCUCUCCAGGGUGCUGAUGUUCCCCAGAAGAGUCCAGCUGGCGUGGGACCCCACGGAGGGUCCUGCCCACGGGAGAGGGUCAGUGCCCACGGGAGAGGGUUAAUCCUCAUGGAACAGGGUUGGUUCCCAUGGGAGAAGGUCAAUCCCUACAGGAGAGGUCAAAGCCCGCGGGAGAGGGUCAGUCCCCAUGGGAGAGGGUCAGUGCCCAUGGGAGAGGGUCAGUGCCCAUGGGAGGGG